AUGUCGAGUUGCACCCGGACCACACCAAACUCUAUUCUCGGCACUGUGGUGUUGGCAGCACGGGCUCUCGUGACCGUUUCCAUACAGGCAGACUGCCAACCACCACCUGAGUACGAAGAGCGUGAGGUUAGAGUGGCUCUACGUGGGGAAAGGACUGUCUAUAGGGAUGAUGAGUUGGUUCGCUUGAAGAAGCAGUCCACCAUUCGCCCGUCACUUCCUGAUGAACUAGCCGACACUGGCUACUCGGAGCUGAUGCACUACAUGCUGUCGUCUUGGAGCCAAUUCAUGUCAGACAGGCCAGAUCACGACGAUAAGGCCGGGCCGAAAGUCACAUGGAAGAAGCGCUUGCAGCAGCUGGCAGCCGUUGUGGGUCAUGGCCGCCGAAAGGAGGAAAUCAUGAGCCUGUAUGGUGGCCAUGAGCUUCAUGCUGCCGUCACGGGCACUUACUGGCUUGGGAAGCUCGAGUUUGCCUCGCUGCCCUUGUCGAGACGUGAAGAAGAGCUCAUGGCCGCUAUCCUUGGCAUCGUCGGCCCCACCCGCCUUUAUCCCGGCAUACGACGAUGUCAGCUUAAACAAGCUUGCGCCUGCCAGUUCGUCGCAUGUGCUCCGACGUCCCGGGCGCAUGGUCAGCUUGCAGCAUUGGAGCUGCGUUCAAAACGCUUUGACUGGCCCGAGUCGGAAAGCUUGUCCACGGUUGCAGCAGCUGGCGUGGAAUAUUUGGCUCUGGGGGGUGCUGGGGCUUUCAGAAACCCUCUGUUUUGGCUUCGAGUAUUCCCUGCCGUCAAAGUGUUGCAAUGCAACCUCGAAGGAUCUUGGCGAAGUAUUGGGAAUGUGACGACCCUCCUGGCAGGUUUUCAGGACAAGCUGCUCGGUCUCACCCUUGCUUGGGACAACUGGCCAGGCUGUGCGCGUGACGAUGAAGUCUGGGAUGCUCCACUGUUUGCAGCUGUGUGUGCAAUGUUGGCUGCGGAUGCGCAUGCUCCCCAGAUCUCGACAGAUGCCUUUUGCAGCUGCUUCGGCUCCGAUCACGUGGCCGCCCUGCUAGCAAUGUCGUGA